CGACAGUUGGACAGGAGCGUCCCCGGGUCGCGACGCUCGAGGCUCGGACACACUCAGCAGCCGGACUCCCCUCUGCCUCCCUCGGCCGGAUCUCCCAGCUGAACCGAACCGGGGAUGGACCCAGCGAGCCGAUACCAAGUGUUGCACAACGAGGACGACUCUUCGGAGGCCUCUACCAGCGAGCAGCAGCCAUGCACUUCUGCUGCGGCGCUGGCUGGUACGUCCGGCCAGGACCACGGCGCGGCCCAGGCCAGCUCGUCUGCAGCGGAGGAGUCGGGAUCGAGGACUGAGGGAGAAGCGGAGGCUCCCCCGCCGCCGUACGCGUCCAUCGAACUGGGAGCAACAGCUGCCGUGCCUGAGACUAGUUACCGAAGUGACUUCCCAGUACCUCCGCCCUACAGCGUCGCCACCUCGCUGCCCACAUAUGACGAAGCGGAGAAGGCCAAAGCAGCGGCCAUGGCUACCUCCACUGUGGAGGUGAUGCCACGGGACGAUGAAUUCCCUCCCAGAGAUGAUUUCAGUGACGCUGAUCAGCUGCGAGUCGGAAACGAUGGAAUCUUCAUGCUGGCCUUUUUCAUGGCCUUCCUGUUCAACUGGAUCGGGUUCUGCUUGUCCUUCUGUUUGACCAACACCAUUGCAGGACGCUACGGAGCCAUCUGUGGCUUCGGCCUCUCUCUCAUCAAGUGGAUUCUCAUCGUUAGGUUCUCCGACUACUUCACCGGCUACUUCAAUGGUCAGUACUGGCUCUGGUGGAUUUUCCUGCUGCUCGGUCUCCUGCUGUUCUUCAGAGGUUUCGUCAACUAUCUAAAAGUGCGCAACAUGUCCGAGAACAUGGCCACCUCUCAUCGAACGCGUCUCUUCUUCCUCUACUAAAGAUUUCCACGCCAUCACCAUUCCUUUUCAAUGUGAAGUUCCUUCCCUCCCCCUCGAAUGACCUGACUGAGGAGCUGUGCAGUGAAGAGAGGACACCGGGAAGGAAUGAGGGGAAAGAAAGUAGGGAGAAAGUGUUACCAGUCUCGUCAGAAGAAUAAAACGACUCACUGCGCAGCCGCUACUUGUGAACCGGGCCGAAACCGAUACAUCUUCGACGUCCCUUCCCGGGCUUUGUUUUUGUUUUUCUUUGAUUCAAAGCCCUGAUCGCAAGAGCACACAGAGUGCUAUUGACAAAAACCUGACCUCAGCCGACACCGGCUGUAAACAGAGAUGUUCCAAAAUCAGAUUUUUACCUAACGACACAAAAUUAAAGCACAAUGAAAUCAUUUCAAUAUUUAUCUUAAAUGAAAGGAAAUUUGGUUGGAAGAGUCAUUUGAUGGCGUUGCUUGCUCUGACUGCAGUGUUACCAGCUUAGAACUGAAUGACAAAUGCUCAGUGUAGGAGGUGGAAACCUCUCUGAAGUUUCUCCUUUGUUCGUCUCCAACCUUUGUUUCUAACAUCAAGUAGAGAAUUCACCUUCUGCACGCUAACUGCAUCUUUCAGUACUAGUGUAACCAUUCCACAUUGUUAAAUUUUCAGGGUGUUUUUAAAAAGUCUUACUUUAAAGGCCUUUGCACAUCAACGGCACAAAACACGGAAUCAUUCGGAGGCAAAUUUGGAUGCACCUGACCAUUCGCUAUUCGGCUAAUAAAUUAGAAGGAUUAAAAAAGAACGAGGAAAUACCUGCGCGGGUUUCGCCACCUGCUUUGGCAGCUUCAGGAGGGAUUUUAGGUCCCAGUUCUGCAGAAGCCUGACCAAGAUCAUGCUUUUCUCCUCAGUAUUUAACGUGAGCUCUUCUCCCCGCCAGGAGUUGCGUCACCGGUUGCUUGAUCCGAGCAUCAAUUCGGCUACAUCGCAUCCUUUUAAAGACAAAAUAACAGUGAGAAAAGGCUAAAGACAAAGAUAUUAAAUAACUCGACAAAUAAACUUGAUAUCAGACUGAGAAGGACGUUUUUUCUUCUUCAACGACUCCUGCUUCAAAAAUAUUAAUAACUUGUGAAUUAAAGAAUGAAAAAAUGCUUCUUGUGUGCAAAGGCCUUAACUUUGAUGUACUGUAGCAUUUAACACGUGAACUUGUGCAGUGCGGUCAAAUUCAAUCUUACUUUCACCGAUGGUGGACAUCCCGAAAACAUCUCAGCCUCUCUACCCCCGAAAAGCAUAAGCACAAGAGCUAAAUGGAAGAUUUUCAGAUUCAGUGCAAUGGAAUGUGUAUGAGGAAAACCAGACACGUUCACGGAUCCAUUCACAUAUCACAAAACAAACGUACAGUCACUUCAGACUCAGACGUGGCUCCAAAUACGACACGGGGCAGAGAGCAGCAUGGAUUUUGUCCAAACUCUUUCGUCAUGUCCGAUUUGUUUUUCGACAAACAACUAGUUUAAAUUCUGCCGUGACCUUUUGGAUUCAGGACGGACCUGCUGAAACAGAAAACAGUUGUGAGCCAUUGAACAAAUGUUUGAAAGAAAAAAAAAAAGCAGGUAAAUGCAAAAGAAAUACUGAUAACAAAUCCGAAAUGUGCACGAGCACAAAUCAUUUUCCCUCCUUUUUUGGCCUUUCAAUGAAAACUGUUGUGCUGACCUAUGCAGGAGCAAUUGUUCUUUCAUCGUGACAUUUUCAGAACCUCCGUACUGUUUGAAUCAAAGAAAAACGAAAUGUUUCCCAAAAUGCCUGCAAAACCAAAACUCAAUCGUGUGUUUAUGUCUCCCAAAAACAUUAUCCGUAAGCUCCCGAGAACUGCGGCCAAUCAGUGAAAGCUCCUUGGAUAAAUCUGUGUUUUUAACUCGGAUCAGUGGAAAGUGGCCCAAAAGCAGGGGAGGGCUGCCUCGUAUGCACCUCCACCUUUUACACACAGUACAGUACAGUGCAGUAACUGUUGACGUGCCAGGCUAAAGUCAAAACUCCAAGAGUCUUAUGCAAUUUAGUUAUUUGCGAUGGCCGACUUUACUUGUGGAUGUAAACUCCUGUGAUAAGAGGGAAGUCAUCACAGAUCGAGAACCAGUUACGUCAUCGGGUUCGGUGCAGAGGAAACUAAAAGGCUGACGGAACAAGUAACAAAAUUGAAUUUAAUCACCGGUAAAAUUGAGAGGAAAAUGCAGCGCUCGAUAAACCAGUUGGAAACGUGACUGGUUGCGCAUGUGGUGCAUUAUUUUGGACAACACCAGCACACGGAUCUCUCUCUGGGAUAACGUUUCUUCCUUUUUUCUUUUCGCAAAGCGAGAAGCUCUUUGGUGAUGUAACGUAGCUCCCGUCGUGGACGAGCCACCUUUUUAAUCGUGGGACGCUGUCCAGCGCGGAUGGAGCACGAGUAGUGUAACGUCAUGAACCUGCUUGUUUUUUUUUUUCUUACUUGAUUAUUUUCAUCAUCCAGAAAAUGAGAUGUGUAUACCAGCUUAUGCCAAUUCAUAAUAUUUGCACUUUGGAGAACUUCUGUACAGAAUGAUUUGAGAAUCUGCUUAACUUGACGUGGGGGGUAGAAAAAGAAUUUUAAAAAGUUAUCUUAGCCAUGCAAGUUUUCAACUGGAAUUCUUAAUCAUCCCAAAUGGAUUAUUUGCCUUUUGCACUUUUCAUUUGUCAAACAAACUAAAUAGAUUAUAUUGUUAUUGUGUGUCUUGUUUCAUUGCUUUUAGCCCAAACUGUGACAGCUUAAGUAUUGCCAAACUAUUUCUUUUCUCUUUUUCUCUUUUUCCUUUUGGACUCUGGUCGUAUCUGACAGCAAUAUCAAGCUCUUUCGAUGAAUUCAAGCUCUGCUGCAUGAUUUCUCCACCUCAGUGAGUGGGGUUGAAUAUUAGGAUCAAUCUAGUACGACAUACAUUGUGUUUGUUUGUAAAUAAAUGGAGAAAAAAAUGCGAUGGCGGCCAAAAAAAUUAUCCUUGUAACAUCUUCUCUCGCAGUUGUUAUGCAUUUUAUGUAAAUUGUAACUGGAAUUUAAUUGACGGAUGAUGUCUUGCCAAAAUGCCAAUAAAGUUCAAAAGCCUGCCUGUUAA